AUGGAAAUUUUUGAAAAAGGAUUUAUGCUGAAGAACUUAGGUUUUGACUUGGAAAUUGCUAUGAGAAUGCUGGAAGCAUGUGGAGGAGAUGCUGAGCUUGCAUUUAGCCUGCUCCUAGAUGCUGGAACUGAUGUCAUGUGUGGAUUGGAUGAUGAUGUCACGGAGGGGUCACUGAGUUAUGAAGAUAGACAAGAUUAUGAAUUUGAAGAGGAAUUAGGAGUCAAGUUGAAGAAGAAGAUGCAGAAUAUGAAAAAGAAAGUUUAA